ACAAACAGGAUCAACUUACACAAAAUUCAAAUUUUGCAGCUAAUUUUGAUCUCAGCUUUAAUCUCUUUUUCUCAAUCACAAUCCAAGAUUAUCAAGUCUCUACCUGGUUAUCCUGGCAAUCUACCUUUCACCCUCGAAACCGGAUAUAUAGGGGUUGGAAAAUCAGAGGAAGUGCAAUUAUUCUAUUACUUCAUUGAAUCAGAAAGAAAUGUAGAAGAAGACCCUCUUCUGCUUUGGCUUACUGGAGGUCCUGGUUGUUCUGCUUUCUCUGGUCUUGUUUAUGAAAUCGGUCCACUAACAUUCAAUUACAAUGCUUCUAAUUCAGCUAGCAUACCACAAUUUCAGUUAAAUCCAUAUUCAUGGACAAAGGUAGCUAGCAUUAUAUUUCUAGAUUCUCCAGUUGGCACUGGGUUCUCAUAUGGAACAACCUCAGACGCAUACUACAGUGAUGACAUAUUACAAUCAAAACAUGUAUAUGAAUUUUUGAAGAAGACACGCAGUGGCUUUUGGAACAUUCUAAAUUCAAAACAAAUUCUUUGUACAUAUCAGGGGACUCAUAGCAAGAUUGUUCCUAUUGUUGUCAACGAGAUUCUAAAUGGGAACAAAAACAGACUCGUACCGAAAAUGAAUAUCAAUGGAUACACACUAGGGAACCCAGUUACAGAUAAUCACGUAAGUAAAAAUGCAGGACCAGAGUACAUGCAUCAUGUAUCACUACUUUCUGAUAAGCUUUAUGAGUCUGCCAAAACAAAUUGCAACAGUGAAUUUGCAAAUAUAGAUGCUAACAAUACAAAGUGCUUGGAGUCAGUUCAAGCUAUAUCGGAAGAAAGCGAUCUCAUUUGCUCACCGCAUAUCUUAGAACAUAAGUGCAUGAUGUAUCUCCUAAGCCCAAAAAAACAGGUUCCAACACCAUAUUAUUCAAACGAUGAUCCUCAAAAUUUUCUCCGUGGCAAACAAAAAUGUCGGAAUACUCAUUACUUGCUCUCCUACCCAUGGGCAAAUGAUAUACAAGUCCAAGAGGCACUUCACAUUCGAGAGGGAAUGGUUGAUUAUUGGGUUAGAUGCAAUCGCAGCUUAUCCACGUAUACGAUUGGUGUUCAAAGCAGUAAAAGCUAUCAUAAAAGUUUUGCAAAAUACUUUCUUUGAGCGCUGAUAUACAGUGGAGACCAAGAUAAAUCAAUAUCAUAUGUGGAAUCACAAGAUUGGAUCAAGCAAUUAGAUCUCUCAACGAACAUGCAUUGGAGACCAUGGUUCGUUCAUGGACAAGUAGCAGGG